AUGACAUGUCAUAAUAUGGAAUGCCGUCAUUUAAUCAUCCCUAAUGGCGGCGGCAGACACGCGAGCACGCAUGUCGUUCUCGCUUUGCACUCACCGCCCGACUAUUAUCCCGCCUUUUUGCUUUUCUGCCAGAGCGACUGCUAUUGUAGUCUGCUAUGUAUCUGGAGAAUGACAGAUCCAUCCUCGCCCAACCAAGGUCCAAUAUUGGUAGAGAGCCGUACGUACGUCACUGCACCAGGCACGAGAAGACGAAAAAGUGUGAGUGAGCUGCGGCUGGGGUUGCAGAGUCGAUCGCCGACGGGAACGCGUUCAUCGUCCAGGAGUGCUUCAACCAUCACUCGGCCUCUGCGUGUCCUUCCGAAACACUUUGUGCCUCUGUUCCUGACGCUUUCGUUUCAUUGCCUCCCUGCCCCCUCUCACAACCACGACUCUUGCUACACCUUCAGCGACAGCAUCCUGCUUGACGAGAAUAAUCUGAUAGUCAGCGAUCGCGGAAUACUUUUGGCACCGCGUCCCUGGCGGCGGGCAGUUUUGCGGCAAUCCGUGCUGCACAGGAAGACAUCCCACUACUAUCACGACAUGGACAUUUCCACUGGCUUGAGCAGAAAGUGCGACUGGCCGCCCGAAUCCAACUUCCGGCGCAUCUCGCAGGAACUGCUUGACAAAGCUGCUCCUCCUGCAAAGCUCUGCCUUCGUUCCAUUGUUCAGCCCGGAGCUCAGCUUUCUCUCCGCCGUCAGGAUCGCCCGCAGCCGCCUGAAUCAGCGUUCCUGUUUCUCGCACUGCUGUUUCUGCAACUUCUGCUGACCAAAAUUCUCCCAAACAGUUUCUGA